AUGCUGGUUCACAUCUCCCGACUUCAGCGCGUCCUUCUACCCCCUACGUUUUUUCUUAGAGUGCGAGUUGAUGCAUGUCUGUUUAUAAAGCAAUUUUUCGUCUGGCAGGUCCAGCAGAACUACAAGAAAGCCCACGCCUAUCUGUCUCUGGUCAUCUGCACCUAUGGUGUCAUCACCAACAUCAUUAACAUCGUGGUGCUCACGAAGCCGAAAAUGAGGAACAGCAUCAACUGUAUCUUAACUGGUGUGGCUGUGGCAGACACCAUCACCAUGACCUCCUACAUACCCUUUGCCUACUUCUACUACUUGAUGAACCCGGAUACCAGAAUCGUCAGUCUACCCUGGAACACGUUCUUGGCCGUUCACAUGAACCUGACCUUGAUCUCCCACACGUCCUCCAUCUGGCUGGGUGUUAUCAUGGCCGCCAUGCGCUACUUCUUCGUCCGCCCCACUACGCGAGGGGCGCAAACCCUGGACUGUCGCUCCACUCUGCCAGUGAUCCUCAUCACGUUUCUAGGAGCCGUCCUGCUCAUCAUCCCCAACUGUCUGGCCACCGGGCUCGAACCCUGCUACAACAACGCCACCGGUUUGGUUAACUGGCAUCUCUCGCUACCCAGCUUCGGUCAGGGAGGCAACACGCUGCACACCAUCACCUUUUUCAUCUACCCGGUGGCCGGGAAGAUCGUCCCUUGCACUCUCAUCUCCAUCUUCGGAGGGCUUCUGCUUCAUACACUCAGGGAAACGGACAAGAGGUCGCGGAGGUUAAAGGGCGAGAGUUCAAGCGGUAACAACGGGCACAGCCAAACUAGAAGGACAACAAUCAUGCUUUUGGCCAUUAUCGCUCUUUACCUCAUCUCCGAGAUCCCUCAGUCGAUUCUCGUUCUUUUGUGCAUUUUUGUUCAAGACUUUUUCACUGAUGUCUACGGUCUAUUGGGAGACUUUAUAGACCUGUUGACUCUGUUGAACACCGCGUUUAAUUUCAUCACCUACAUCGCGAUGAGCAGUCAGUUCCGAAACACUCUUGUUGAAGUCAGCCUAGCGUGGGCGAACACACUCCUUUGUCAGACGUGGUCAAGCAAUAGCGUUUCUAGUUCGCCCAAGAGCCCAAAGAGUAAACCAACAGCGGUUUGA